AUGGCGGUGCCGUUGGUGCUUCUCACUUCUUAUACGCUGCUCCUACAUCUUCUAUACGCAACCUGUGUGACGGCAGGCUGUCGGAACCCGACCCCGUCAUACAUAGCCGCACCGCUCGUCAAGACCGACCCACUUCUCCAGGUUGCAUUUUCGACUCUAACACACAAGAUUGCCCUCGUUACUGAAGAAGCUGAAUUCGAAGCCACGUCUUUCUCUGUGUCUCUGACUUCAGAGACCGAAGACCUGUGGUCCUACCAUCACACCGCAGAGAAGCUUGAUCCAGACCGUCCGGGUGCCAAUCCCGUGAAUGGCGACACGUUCUACCGAGUCGCUAGCAUCACGAAGAUGUUUACCACGCAUGCGCUUCUACAACAGUAUGCAGCAGGUAACAUAAGCCUUGAGGAUCCCAUCACGAAGUAUUUGCCGGAGCUAAAGAACGGCCCGCCUCCCACGGAAGGAGGCAUUGACUGGGAUGGAAUCACUUUACGCUCCCUUGCCAGCCAGAUCAGCGGUAUCCCGCGAGACUGGUCGCAAGGCGAAGUAGGCAACGCCAGUCACCCAGGUCUACCGCCCCCUAACAAUCCACAUCUCCCAGGCUGUUUUGAAUACUCUAACUACUCUCGCCCUUGCACGACGAAAGAUCUGUGGCUAGAUCUGCACCGUCACCGACCUCUGUUCUCUCCAAACCUCACCCCAUCAUACUCGAACACGGCUUUUGAGCUCCUCGGACUCGUCGUCGCCAACGCCAGCGGCCUCUCUUAUGUGGACUACGUUACUACACACAUCUUGGACCACUACUUCCCAUCGCCCAGCGGUGCCACUUUCAGCGUGCCUCCUGACGAGCAAGCUGCCCUCACGCCAGCUGGGGCCUGGUACUGGGCCGUUGAUCUGGGCAUCCAUAUUCCCGCGGGAGGACUCUACGCAACUGCGAACGGUCUCUCGGCAUACCUCCGCCACAUAGUCUCGCAAUACAAAUUCGCGGACUUUGGUGGUCCAAAUGUCAAUAUGUUCAUGCCUCAGGGCUACAAUUUCGGGAUGAACAGCGCGUAUGGCUUGACAUGGGAGAUCUUCCGCACCGCGCGGAUACUGGAGGGGGGACGGCCGGUGACGUUCUAUACCAAGGGCGGCGGGCAUCCGGGCUACAUCACGAUCAUCAUUGCAGUGCCGGAGUACAAUCUGGGUAUCACGAUUUUAUGCGCGGGAGAUAGGGCUGCAACCGUGCUCGAUCGGAUCCGGGAAGUUGUGACGGCCGAGAUCGUCCGGGCUGCAGACGCAGUGAGCCAAAGAUACACUAAGAGGGAGUACGCAGGAUAUUACCUGUUUGAGAGCAGGCUGGAUGGCGAUGGUGGGGAGGUGGGCGGUGAAGAGACCAAGCUCAACUCAUCCCUUACGCUGGAAUACACUGCAGCUCGUGGCUUACAUCUCAAGUCCUGCAUUUCCAAUGGUACAGACAUGCUCGCCAGCCUCGGCGAGAUAUUCAACGAGGGGCCGGGCCAGCCGCUGGCUUUGCAGCUUAUACCUACGGGGCAAUACGCAAGUGUGGCACCCAUACCGGAAGGGGAGAUCUGGAGGGGCAUAGCCUGGCAGGCGAAGAAGGAUGAUAAGGUGUGGAGUGAUUUUUGCAUCAACAACGUGGAUAGCCCGCAGUACGAUGGGAGGCCGUUGCUGCAGGUCGUAUUCAGGGAGGGGCACGAUGUUGCAGAGUUGACGGGGCUGAGGGUUAGGUUGCGGAAGGUUCGGGAUCCUGUCCGAGAAGCUCAGGAAGACGACAGUGGCCAGAGGCUUGUGAUUCAGGAUCAGGCGUGA